ACGACAUGUUGCAUCGAACGGUUCUGUGGAAAUAAUAAUGAAGCACAAUCGAGAUUUGGUUGGUCAAUGAGUGUUGUGGAUUUAAAUAAAGAUGGUAUAGAUGAUUUGGCGGUUUCUGCACCAUCAUUUGGAGCAAAUAAAUAUAUUUAUAGCGGGAAAGUUUAUGUUUAUUUUGGAAAGAAAAAUGAAGGGUUAAAGGCAUAUAUGGCAGAUCUGGAGAUUAAUUCAAAACAGAAUGUAUCUGAAUAUGACUGGCAAAUUGAAGCAUUUGGACAAUAUAUGAGUGCUGGGGACGUAGAUGGUGAUGGAUUUGCCGAUUUAUUAAUUGGAUGUCCUUAUUGUGGAAUGUAUAGUGAAGAGAAAGAGAAAAUCUUAUUACAUACUGGAGGGGUGUUCGCAUUCCUAAGUUCCAGUGAUCAUAAAGGAAAUAUAACAGUUUAUGAUUAUGAUUGGUCGAUAAUAAGUCCAGGUGAUCAUGAAUACGAAUGGUUUGGUUACUCGAUAAAUUAUUAUAAAUCAGAUUCUAUGCAAAAUCCUAUAAUAAUUGUUGGAGCACCAGGAUAUCAUGAUCAUUCAAUUACACCAAUGGUUGGUAGAAUUUACGGGUUUGAAAUCAUUGAUAAAGUUGAUCAGAAUGGAAAAGGUCCUGUAAAGAUAUUUGAUUUAUGUGGAGUUGAAGAAUUCCAGGGAUUUGGAAG